AGAAUGUAAUAGGCAUAUUUUAAACAAAAAUUAAUUUGUUAUCAGUGGGGUCAAUAAAAUGAUCAAUUGAAGAGCCCCUCUGGCUUUUAUUAGCUGGAACACAAAUGUUUUCCAGCUUUAGCAUUUGUCUCAUGAUAUCUCUAAAGCACAUGACUCUGCUGGGUUUUUGUUUUGUUUGUUUUUUAUGUGUUUUUUUUAUAAUACAAAAUGUUCAGCCAUUUUUGGAAUGACAUGUAACCAACAAAGAGCAUAUUGAGCCAGCAGAGCAGAUCAUCAGCACUCUUGCCCCAUCCUAUCUCCUGAAGGGUUCAGAGGUCACUCCACUCUCAUGUUUAUAAACACUGUGCUGUCGAGAGGAACGAUCAUAGUUAUGUUUAAUAGUCUGUUUUAACCAUCUUCAUGCUUCAGGUUCACACACUUUAACAGGCUGGAGUGCAGGCUAUCAGGUUUCUGAGUGAGGAGAUCAUGAGAGUUCACACACAUACCAGAUUCUGCUUCCUCUGCGUGCUGACCCUCCUGUACCAUCAGUGCAGUCACUGCCACGAAGGAGGGUCCCACCAUCACCAUGGGCAAAGCCAUGGUGACCAUGACCAUGUCCACAGUGACCUGCAGAUUUCAGAAUUGUCCUGCGAUGGUUUAUCCGACCAAUUUAUGCACAGCAGCCAUGGUGAACCGGCAGAGAGCGAGCAAAGUUUCUACAUCCAUCAAUUGUUCUGUCGGUACGGCCAAAAGGAUCGUCUGGAUUUUAAAGGCUUCCAGAGUCUGCUAUUGAAUUUAGGGCUGGGCGAGGUGCGUGUGGUUGGGCUGGAGCAUGAAGAUCUGGGCCAUGAUCAUGUGGCACACUUAGAUAUUCUCGAGGUUCAGGAAGGUCGGCACUCGCAUUCAGCUGGCCAUCCAAAUCUUCAUCAGAAUCCCUCACACGAGACCAAUAAACAUUCCCACAACGAGAAUGAACAACACAAUCCUGCCGAGGAGCUACCAUGCAGCAGAACACUAGGCACAGGAGCUGAGAGCACCACUAACAGUGGGUCUGAAGGACACGACCACGACCAUGACCAUGACCAUGAACAUGAACAUGAGAAAGACAGUAAUCAUAAACACAUCCACAGACAUGUCACAGACAGUCCUCACACUCAAGAUGACCACGACCGCCAAAGGAGUAGUGAACGUGCACAAGAAAAUAAUGCUCUCAGUGACCAAAACCACCAUCAUCAUGACCACCAUCACCACAAGCAUCCCCACCCUCAUCUCCAUGGUUCAGACAGUGUGGAGCACAACACCGCAUCCCCUCAUCUCACACCCAGAAUACAGCCUUCUGCCACAACUGAGCUACCCACCACACAACCCAGAAGAAACAGGAGACCGACUAAAGCCAGAACUCAUCGAGGCCGAAACAAGACCAGCAUCACUGUUACUCAGGCUGUCGAGCUGGAGACAAGCGGAGAUGACCAUGAGCGCAACGGCCAAGUUCAGAGCCCUACUCAGCCACAGAGGAGCAGGAGAGAGGUGCCAGGAGAAGAUCGGUCUUUGAAAUUACAUGAACAUGUUCCUCACCAACAUGAGGAGUGUCUGAAUUUAACGCAGCUGCUACACCAAUACGGACUGAGCUCGGAUUCUCUCAUAUCUCCAGAGCAGUUCACCUAUUUAUGUCCUGCACUGCUCUACCAGAUAGAUAGACGCUUCUGCAUCCUUCAUUAUCACCACGUUGAUACUGAAGUACAAGAUGCAGCAUCAUCAGUGUGGGUCUGGAUGUGGGGCUUCGUGUCGAUCACCAUCAUCAGCCUGCUGUCUCUGCUGGGCGUUGUUCUGGUGCCCAUCCUCAACCAGUCCUGCUUCAAGUUUCUCUUGACCUUCCUGGUGGCGCUGGCAGUGGGAACCCUCAGCGGCGAUGCCUUACUGCAUCUACUCCCUCAUUCUCAGAGUGACCAUGAUCACAGCAAUGGAGGAAAUGCUGGGGAAAAACCUGAAGAGGCUUUUCUGACCAAGUUUGAUGGAGUUUGGAAAGGACUGACUGCAUUAGCAGGAAUCUACCUCCUCUUCAUCAUUGAACAUUGCAUUGGCAUGUUCAAACACUACAGCGACCAAAGGGGAAAAAUCUGCCAGAAGAAGAAGAAAGGAGAGCAGGCAAAGAUUGGGAGGAAAUUGUCAGACCACAAACUCAACAGGCGUUCCGAUGCCGAGUGGCUCCAUCUGAAGCCUCUAACAGAGGGAGAAGGUACAACGUGUGAAGCCGGACACAAUGACACCCAGAUGACGGAGUUGCAGCCUCUGGAUUCACCCAGCAAGAUGCCACUGGCCAUCUCCGAUUCAGAUCACCCUCUCAAGGGUGCUGAAAAAACAGAGGAGGACAGAGGGCAGAAAGAAAAGUCAAAAAAGCGUGGACAUGGGCAUGGACACGGCCAUGGUCACUCCCAUCAUGGGCAUUGUCACUCUGACCAGGAAAUGAAGGAUGCCGGGAUUGCCAGUAUAGCAUGGAUGGUCAUCAUGGGAGAUGGCAUGCAUAACUUUAGUGAUGGACUUGCUAUAGGCGCUGCUUUCAGUGCUAAUAUUACAGGUGGCAUUAGUACUUCAGUCGCUGUGUUCUGUCACGAACUGCCCCAUGAACUAGGUGACUUUGCUGUUUUAUUGAAGGCUGGGAUGUCAGUGAAGCAAGCCAUUGCAUAUAACGUCCUCUCUGCCCUUAUGGCUUAUGCUGGCAUGGUGAUCGGCAUGGCUGUGGGACAGUACACGCACAACGUCACCGGCUGGAUCUUUGCCGUUACUGCUGGCAUGUUUCUCUACGUGGCAUUAGUGGAUAUGUUGCCAGAGAUGCUUCAUGGAGACAGCGAGGAGCACAAGCGCUGUCACAUGGGUCACUUUGUCCUGCAGAACUUGGGUUUGCUCACGGGGUUUGGAAUCAUGUUGCUGAUCGCCAUCUUCGAGGAACACAUUGUGCUUGACUUUGGCUUCUAGCCGGAGCCCGAGAUCACGUGUGGCGUCAUUCAUCAGCUACAUUCACACGCGUGCUUUGCCUUAAAGUGGCUUUGUUUUGUGUUGGUACAGUCGUGCAGGCAUGUCUCAAAAGACAGCAUCAGUAGCUUACAGUGGACAUGGACAUGAAAAAAAAACAUGUUUACAUUUCAUCAUCUCUUCCUCUCUAGGCUACUCAAACCGGUUGCUUGUUGUCUUCAAGGUAUUUUGUAGAUCUAGCUCCCUAGACAUUUCUCCCGUUUUAUUCAUUUCUUUUCUCUUUCUUUUUUUCUUUUCUUUCUUUUUUAUUUGAGUAUGUGUGUCUAAUCAAACAUAUCCACAGUACGAGAUGCGCUGCCCAGCUAUUUGGGUUAUCCCUUUAAUAUUGUAGUAUUUUUGUGUUCUAAAAAGAGAAGCAGCUAUUCAUCAGUCACUCAUUCAGUGUCGUGUUUAGCUCUUUCAUUCAUCUGUAUGGUAGCUCACAGCCAUUCAAUCGUAACUGGUGUGUUGUGCUGUGUAUGUGUAAUGUGUCACACCAUCUCAUUUUCAGGUACAGAACUGUGCUAGUAUGUUGCAACAAAGUCCAACUGGCAUCAAGGUUUUUUUUUUCUUUUUUUUAGAAGUUCUGGUCAGUAUUAUUUGGCCAGGAUCGUGGAAAACAACACACUUUUAUUCACUGGUUUGCGCUUUACUGUCAGCAUUGACUACUUGUUUGUUUCUUACACUAUAUUUAAUGUUCAUAGUGAUGGGAGCCUGUCCUCAGCCUUAGAAUUUAAUGUGCUUUUUUUCUGUUAUUAUUGGCUAAGAUUGUACUAGUGUUAUGACCAACUCUGAGUAUUGAAGAAAUAGGUAUGCACCUGUGUUUUGAAUAACUGCUGACACGGUGCUGCCAAAAGACCGAUUGCAUUCAUGAGGUCAGCUGAAUAGUGACUGAACAAGUCCAGGAUCAAAGCUAAUGCUAAAACACUGUGAUUUUAAAUGAAGGACACCUGGCUACGCAUUAUCUGUCCAUCAAGGAAUGCAACAGUUUUCUUUGGGAAGUCUAUUUGUUCAUUGAUAAAAUAGUAAUUAUCAUGAACUAGACUACUUUCAGAAUAUAAAUUCAAGUUGAUUUUUGAUGUCCAAGUGGAGUUGUUGUAAAUAAUGAUCUUGUCACAGGUGAAGAAGUUCAUGAAAUAAUUAUGUUCCCAAAAGGAGAUUUGCUACUGAAGACUAUUUUUAUUGAACAAGUUGGCAUUUUGAAACGCGUUACUUUAUUUUAAUUAUUUGAUGUUUGUUAUUACUGGAUAAUUUUUGCAAAAUUCAAAAUGUUAUUUUGUGAGACAUCAGCACCUUUUAUACACUGAUCAUCUAAAAACCUACUUUUCAGACAAAAGUUUGGGAGAAACAUUCCUUUUUUUCUUUUUUUUUGUUCUUUUUUUUUUUGUUUUACCUAGAAAAUUGAGUUCGCCAUUAUGAAAUGUUCUUUUGACAAUCUUAAAUGCUCUCAUUGUUGACACCCUCCCAUUAUUGAAAUUAAUGCACACAUUUCAAUUAUUGGCCUUUUGUGCACUUGUAUGAAAGUCUGAAUACAAUCAAAUCUGUAGAACAUCUGUUAAUCUGUCCCUGUUGAUAUGAUUCUUGUUAAUGAGUGUGAAACAUUUUGAUUGUGCCAAAUUCAGUGCACUGAUCGUGCCUGCAGUCGCCUCAACACAUUCCACUGGCUGUUUGCUGCUUGAAUCCUCUACCGUCAUGAGUUGGUGAAGCAUGUUAUGUGAUUCAUGCUUAUCCUGUGACCAUGUGACAUCCAUUUCUUAAUUCUUGUGGAUGUGAAUCAUUAUUAAUUGCAUUCAUCAAAUGUACUUGAUUGGAUGGAAACAUCCAUGAGACAAGUUAAAGUAAAUAGUUUUUAUUUCUGGUAUGAAAUGGAGAGAUGAGAACACUUACUGUUGAUUUCCUCUUUCCCUCAAGGAUUUAAUUUUCACAACUUGAAUGUAAAGUCAAUGAGUUCGGGGUCAUGUGAGCAAACCUAAUCCGGGUCUUCAGAGAUUAGGUCUAAAUCCUGUGUAUGUGAAAUGAAGUUGUCCAUUUUGUUUAAACAAAAUAUUUGAGUAAAAGAGCUCUAGAGCAUUGGUUAAGUGGUGCAAAGAAAUAAACUUGAUAUUAAAUAAAAAUGACGCACACCAAUUAUUUUCCUUUUUUUUCUUUCUUUUUUUUUCAUGCUUUACUGUGUAUUCCAAGAAUAGACCAUCCAGCUAUUUACUUCUCUUUUAGUAUUGCCAGUUUUGGGGAACACAUUUAUUUUUUUAGUCCUCUUGUUUAAUCAGCUUGGAUGUUAAAGUGUCUUCAGUACAUUUGGCAUUCUUGCUGAUUGUGCAUUUCUUUGUCAGAAGUGAAAAAAUAAAGUUUGCAAAGUCUA